UCCUUCAAGGCUCUUCAUGAGUGUUGUGAGCCAUCCAUGUUUUCCCUGGACCGUCUUGUUCUCUCAGUGAUCACAGACCCACGAGUGACCUUAGAUGGGCUACUGCGAGCCAGAGAACUGGCCUUGCAAGUGGUCGAGAAGGAGAAGAGGCUACGAGCAGAAUUAUCGGACAUCGGGUUGCAAGCAAGUGAGAGACUCUCAACCCCAGACUCUCACCGUAAAAAGAAAAGUCGCUUCAUUGAAGAUGAAGAGGAAAAUAUGUGUGAAGUGUGUCGACAGAACCUCUAUGUGGCCUUGGUGACAAAUUCCCAAGAGGAGGCUGUGUACUGUCUUGAACAUGCCCUCAUUUUCUUGAAGCAAAACCCAACCCAUCUAGAAUACUGCAAGCUUAUGUACACUUACAGCUUGUCGGAGCUGGAUAUAUCUCUGAAGCAGAUGGAUGAGCGGAUUCACAUCAAGAGUGGGAAAAAAUCGUCGCCCAACACCAAAAGGACAAAAACCAGGGAACAUUUGGACUCUGUCAGCAGCACUAGUAGUUCAAACCUCUGAUGGUAAUCAAGUUGUGGUUUGAUUCUUUUCAUUCCUCAUGUAAAGUUCUGCCUUGUUUUUGAAGAUACUAAGUCAAAGUUGGAGGUAAUGAUUGCUGACAGUCUGUUGCAAUUUAGUGUCUUUUAUCUUGUACAUUCCAUUAUUGAAAAUCUUUUUCAAAAGACGGUAAACAUGUGUGACUGAAUGACAGUCAGCCAUUGAAGUAUUUACAGUAUUUGCAGUAUAUUGUCAACAUUGGAAAUACUUUCAGAACCUUGUAUAUUUUCCUUAUAUGUGUGUAUAAGAAAUACUUCUUUUGGACAAUCACUACUAAACAACGGAUUCAGUUUUAGAAAUACUUAUUACCAGAGAUAUCUGCAAGCAAGGGGAAAAUUAUGAAUGCAAUAUGUUUCAUAAAGCAAUGAAUUAUGUAGUUUUGUAUGUAGUUUGAGGUGCAAAAUCCUUCUUCAGUAAUGCUACUUAGAGUUGCUCAUUUUGAAAGUAUUUAACCUAAAAAUAAAACAAAAUUGAAUCCUGAGCCAAAGAUGUCUUCCCUCAAAUGGUUGUGUCAUACAGAUAUUUAAAUUUGCCAUGUGACUGUGAGGUAAUAAAUGCCAGUUUUGAAAAUAUUAAUUAAAGCCUCUAGUCCAUAUGUCUGGUUUUAACUUAACUUAAAAAAUAAUAAUCUGGACUAAACCUAUUGACUGUUAUCAAGCUAAUUUGAUAGCGAAAAAAUGUAAGAAAAUUUGUUUAACAUGUUAUGUACUUUGAUUAAAAGGAAUUAUUUUUCUGUUUAUGAACACUGAUAAUAUGAAUGUUAUUAGGAACAAGAGAAGUGUAUUUAUUGUAAAUCACCUGGAUUCCAGAUAACAGUUGUUUUUUCUCACUUUUACUAAUAUUGACCAUUGAGAAGUUAUUGAGUGAAUAAUCAAGAUUAUAUAUAAUGAACUUCUUGAAGGGUAUUAUAACCACCUGAACUCCAGAUAAUUGUAUUAUCGGGUAAAUAUUUGAAAGGAAAUUUCAUGCUGUUCUUCUGUUUACACUGUUGUACUUCAGAUUCUUUGUUACAGAUUUUAAUUCAAAUCAGUGUAGACACUGUCAACUUAAAGCUUUAUCCAUUCUAUACUUCGAUAGAUUUUAUUUUUCAAAUAACAUUUUUGUAAAUUGAGCCAUUUACAUUAUCCACUGCUGAUAUAGUAAGUUGUAUUUUUUUGCUUUUGAUAAAGAGGAGGUACACACAUUAGUACAUGGGGUUGUAGGUGUUACUUUUUUUUUUUUUUUUUUUUUUUUUUUUUUUUUUUUUUUUUUUUUUUUAAGAAAGAAAGAAAGAAAUACUGUAUGUGAUACGGGAUUGACAUAUCAAAAGAACUAAUCUUUGCUUAAUAUUCAAGAGACUGCAGGUAAAUUAUGAAAAUGUUAAACUGAAAGUUACUCAUAAUAGGUUUUAAAUCAGUGACAUAUUAUAUAGAAGAAACAGGGUUAAUGUAGAUAAGACUGUAGCAAGUGAAGAAAUGCUAUGGUGUUGAUGUCUUAUCUGAUGUUUAGCAUAAAUUAAUGAACAGCAAUUUAUUUACAUUUUAAAAUUAUUUUUAAAAAAGUAUACUUCUUAGACAUUCAUUUUUGUUUUUUAUUAAUAUUAUAAUUUCAUAUUUUUAAGGAAAAUUUUCAUGAUCAUAAUUUAUGAGUAAUAUUGUAGGUUCAUUAUUUCCAACUGUAAAGAGGAAUAUUAAUAGAAUGACAAACUUACUUAAAAGAUAAGAAAGAGGAUAACAUAAUGAUGGUGCAAUGACUUUGGGUGCAUCUUACAGAGUCAGUUGUGAUGCAAUAAGAUAUUAGCAUGUUUUGUGGUAUAGAAACAAUUGUUUGAAACCAAAUAAUAUUUUUGUAUUUAUUUGUGAUGUGUAUUGGAAUGAAUUAUAUAUAUAUUAGUUUAUGUGUCUUUGUAGGAAAAUAAUAAUUUUAUACCAUAAUCUAGUACUAAGGCUUAACCCUCACACUUCACAAGUUGAUACAAAAGAGGUGCUGUUGAUGAACAAAUUGUGUUGCUCUACCACAGAUACGCACAUUUAUUUACUGAAGGAUUACACUUGAUGUGUUAUUGUACAUAUAAAGAAAAAUAUUGUAAAGAUUGUCAGUGAGUACAGCAUAAACCAAACUGGUAUUAGCUUGUGCAUAUUCACUGUUGUAAUGACAUUAUUUAAAGAUUAUUGUAUCAUAACUAGGCAUAUGGUAGUACUGUAGAAGAGAGCAGCAGUUGUAGAAAUAAUGUAAGUUGGAGAAACUGCUCUUUAUUUUAUUUAUUUAAUCAACAGGCAAUGAAGGCAAAACAUGGGUUGGGACAUUUCCCAACAUGUUAUGGACUAAUGCGAAUUGUAAAUCAGAAAGUCUUUAUUCUAAGGAAAACUUAACUUUUUUCUGUCUCUAUCUCUCUUUUUUUAUGUUUUGCUUUUGUGCAAGGGAACAUGAACUCGCAUGUAGACUAGUAUUACUUACAAAUGCUAAAGGUUCAUGUGGUAGACCUCGCAACCAUGAGAAGAUAACAUUGUAAGUAAUUUCUGAGCCAUAAAUGUGAAGGAUAUUUUUUGAAAUUGUGGUUUCCAUUGCAAAAUGAAUAACAAUUGCACAAAAAUUAUUUAUGGCUCAUAUUUGUAAACUUGCAAAUUUCUGCAGUCUUUGUACCUGUACAUUCUGUCUUCAACCCUGGGACUAUGUUACUGUAGGUUCUAGUGACAUUAUUAUUGCAAUUAAUAACUGUGUCAGUUUGAUGUUUCAAUCUCCAUGGAAAGUAAUUCACAACAUGUAUAGAUAGAAGAUGUCCUAAUUUUAGGUAACUUUUUGACCUUUACCUCUCAACCCCAACAGUGUAUAUAUAUACAUAUAUAUAUAUAUAUAUAUAUACAUAUACAUGUAUUUUCCCCCUUUUUUAUGUAAUAAUUCAUAUCAGUUUGCAUGAGCUGAUUCAUGGGGAUGAUUGUUUACAUAUCUCUUGUGAAAAAGGAAAAACACAAGAAAUGGUUGUGUACUUAAGUGUUUGUGAACAGAAUUGGAAGUCCACAUUUUCUUAUUUUGAAUAUAUCAAAACUUUGAAAGUUUAAAUAUUUAUUACCUUUCAAAACUGGGCAUGAUUCACCAUGAUGAAGCUUAGUAUUGAGAAGAGAAUUUAUUUCUCUUCCAGAAUUUAACAUUCAAAUUUCUUUGAGUGAAAGGAAUAUCUUGGAAAGAAUGAGUUUGUACCAGUCAGAAUUGACUAUGCACGUUUGCAAUAGAACAUGGAUUUAGUCAUGUUUGUAAAUGCUUUUUUUCUGUAGUUAUCAACAUAUGUUGAUCACAUGAAGAAGCAAAGCCUUAUGGCACCUCACCGUCUUCUUAACGUGCCACUCUACCCAUUGUAUAAAGCUUGUAUAUGACAUAUUUAAGAUGUUUUAAAUCUUAUCAGCAUCUGAUUUUUUGCUAUUUUCUCAGAGACCUGAUGAUGGUGAUGUAAUUGUAAUGAAGAAAAUCUUGAGUUCUUCAUGGUAGAUUCUGUCAUAGAUUUAGAUUUGUAAUAGAUUGUUGUAAUACAUGAAAGUUCAAGUUUCAGAUUCAAUUAGUUAGCAAAAUCAUUUAGGUAAAAAGUAUGAAUAUACCAUUUAAGAAUUGUGAAAUUUAUCAUAUUGCCAAGAUUUCAUUGCUGUUUAUUGCAAGAUUGGUAAACAUGUAUUACAAAUGCAUUUAUAUAGUCAAUAGGGAGGGUAAUCUAUUGACUUACUUGUGGAGCGAUAUUAAUGUGUGCUGCUGUAAAGGCUUCCAAUUUUCAGUUCAGCAUUCUGUGAUAAAGCAAUUUAAUUUCUGCUGUAAUGUAGCGUUCCCAUGAGACUUCAGUUUAUUUUUCUUUUCUUUUUCUUUUGUACAUAAUGGCUUAGUAGAACAACAUGGCCAAGUGUGGAAUACUUGAAAAUAAUACUUUUUAUUUACUUUAUUUUUUAUUAUUUUUUUAUUAUCAUUUUUUAUAUACUCUAGUUGCUAUAUUGGUGGACUGUGAAGAUGCAGGUGAGUUUGGAAGCAUCUUCAUUUUUCUUUUCUUUUUUUUCCUCUUCUAAUGUAAUCCAUGCAUAUCAUUACUCUGUAUUAUUUUUUACUUUUGUUUCAUUCUCUUAAGUCUGCAUUUUAAGAGUAACAAUGAACCUCCAGAUAAGAUUCCCCGUGUCUGUAAGCUCAAUUUUACCAUAGGAUUUUUGUUAUGGAAAUAAUAUGUAUGUAUAUAUGUACUUUUUCAAGCUACAUAUAUAAUAGACAUCCAUUUUGAGUAUAUUGUCCUUAAUUUUGCUCAAAAUAGAGACAACUCUAAUGCCAUCAUUUGUUAUACUCAUCAAGCUUUGAGCAUUUACAUCCCCUUAUUUACAAGCACUUUGCUUGGUAUUAAAGACAAUACCUUCCUUUUUUAUUUUUUUAUUGCAUGGUGUGUAUAGCAUUGAGCAGAAAAAAGUUUUCUAAAACUAUUAUGUUUUCAUUACUUGUUCAUUUUGGAGAAUAGUAAAAUAGGUAUAUUAUGUCAGCCAUUUCAACAUGAAAGUCAAGUAUGCAAUUCGUAUCUCUAUUUUGACAUCGUAAAUAUUUCUACCAUAUAUUAUUUUAUAACAUUUGUGAAAUAAAUGGACAAAAUGCUUUUUAAGUAUUGGUUUCUGACAGAUAUAGCAGAUACCAUAAGCAUAUGAAUAAGAUAAAUAGUUGUGCAUUUCAAGUCUGAUCUGCUAUCUGGAACUCUCCUGUGGAACACUGCCAUACAUGUUGUACUUUUGACACAACUGUGGCUUUUGUACAGAAGAUGAAUGAAUAAAACACAUUUUCAUAAUAAU